GAUUCACACUUAACGGAACGUCUCCGUCACGUCCGUCACGUCAAAACAUUCCUCCCUGUGUUUCUAAUGGCUGUGUUCACACUCGACGUCAGCGUCCCGGAACGUCUCCGUCACGUCAACGUCACGCAUUCUUUCGAAGAAUGUUUCCCGUCAUGACGAUAAUGGAGUUCGACGAGUAUUUGAUUGAAUUAGUUCGUUCUCAUUCAGAGCUAUAUAAUAUGACUGAUAGGAGAUAUAGUGAUUCCGUUUGGAAAGAAACACUGUGGAAGGAAAUUGGAGAAGAGGUGGGGCGUCCAGGCCCUGAAUGCAAGCGACGAUGGGUGUCACUGAGAGACCAAUUUAGAAAAUGUGUUAUUAAAAAAACAAAGAGCGGACAAGCUGCCACACCCAAGAAGCCAUGGAAGUAUGAGGAGAUUAUGGCUUUCCUGCGCCCAUACAUGCUGGAGCGGGAAACAGUUUCUAACAUAACUGUUGAUAUUUGUUCAGAGGAUGAAUCAAACAGUGAGGUGUCAUCACCUAUUCCGGACAUUGAAAAUAACAGUGAUUUGAGGUCAGAGACAAGCAGGCCUGUCAUGCAAAAGCGUAGUCAAAGUGGCAAUAAGAGGAAAACUACAGACUCUGCAUCUGCUUCUCUGAUGAAUUAUAUUUUAGCGAGUUUAAUGAGUUGA